CAGUUGCCAGCCCAUUUUCGAUCUUUCGCUUAGAUUCACCAGAGCGCAACUCGGUACCUUUCUCUCUGCCUUUAGCAUAUCAAGCUAUAUCACAAUGGCUCGCAGAUACGAUUCACGGACAACAAUCUUCUCCCCCGAAGGACGAUUAUACCAAGUCGAGUAUGCACUCGAAGCCAUUUCGCACGCAGGCACGGCGCUAGGGAUAUUAGCAAAGGAUGGAAUUGUCCUCGCAGCUGAACGCAAAGUGACGAGCAAAUUGCUUGAGCAGGACACAUCUGCGGAGAAACUGUACAUCUUGAAUGACAACAUGAUCUGUGCCGUAGCAGGCAUGACUGCCGAUGCAAAUAUCCUGAUCAACUACGCUCGACAGGCUGCGCAACGCCAUCUCCUGACCUACAAUGAAGACAUCCCCUGCGAACAGCUCGUACGACGGCUGUGUGACCUCAAACAAGGCUAUACACAGCAUGGUGGUCUGCGGCCGUUCGGCGUCUCUUUCAUCUACGCCGGAUGGGACCCUCAACGUCAAUUCCAGUUGUACCAGAGCAACCCAUCGGGAAACUACGGUGGAUGGAAGGCCACGAGUGUAGGAGCCAACAACGCCAGCGCACAGUCGCUAUUGAAGCAAGACUACAAGGAAGAAUGUGAUUUGAAAGAAGCGUGUGGGAUGGCGGUCAAGGUACUCAGCAAGACCAUGGAUUCGACAAAGUUGAGCAGUGAGAAGAUUGAAUUUGCAACCGUUGGAAAGACGGCGGACGGCAAGAUCUACCACCAUCUGUGGUCUGGCGACGAAAUCAUGACUCUCUUGAAAGAGCACGGCCUUGCUAAGGAGGAGGAACCCGAGACCGGCUAGAGUCAAGUCUUGGUUCCGAGGAGGAAACCCUAAGCAUGACUCUUGUUGUUGACUGAGAGGGUUCAACAAGCAGUUUUCAUGUGCGAGCUGUACAAUUUUAGACAGGGAGAGAGAAAAACAACAAUGGCAUAGCACCGGCGUUCACGGCUGCGAGGCGAGGGAAGGGCAACCACAAAUGAGUCGCCGCAAUGAAUUAUUGGUAUUGGUGUGCUCACGACUGUUCUUCGAUCUUGAUCUCGAGAGAGAAAUUCUUUUCCUUCCUCUACGAAUUACACUGCCUAUUUUUUUCCCCCUCAAAUUCUGUCUCUUUCGUCUUAUUUUCCCGGCUUCAACGCUGGUGAUGAUAUACGCUCUGUCGAACUAAUUCUUGGUUUAGAGAAUAGUGACAUUGUCAC